UCGCCGCCUGCCUGCGCGCCGCGGGCGCCGGUGCAGCUCCGGGCCGCGGCGGCCGGCUCCGCGCUCCCUCGCCGGCUUCCGGGAACUCCCGGGAUCUUUUACCUGCGCUCGCCUCUCUCCGGGUGCUCUCCGACUCCCUCUCCUUUUAUUCCUCGCCACCCUGCUUGCCCCCCCCACCCCUUUUUAAAUUGGGGUUUUGGACUUAGGAUGACUUGUCUCCCUUGCCCUCGUCCAUUUUAGCCCUGAAGACCGAAAAGGACCCUCUCUCAGUGCCACUGGAAAACAUCAUGACGCUUAAAAAAGUCUAGAGAGGCGGCGGCACGGGACGCGGGACCCCCGCGGACGCCUUGGCCCCGCGUCCGGGACUGCACGGACUGAGAACUGGGAUCCCCUCGAAGCCCUGCGCAGGGGGCACGAAGGGAGCCCGACGCAAACUUGAGCCGUCUCGGCGCACCCGUGCGUCCCGCAUUUUGGAAGAGCCGCCGCGUGCCGCGUGCGGGAAGGCGGAAGACCCCCGCGGGGCGCGUGGAGGAGCCCCGAGCCUCCUUCGGUUCCUUCGCGACGCAGGAGCCGGUGCCCGGAGCUGCGCGGGACAGGAGGGAAGGAGGCUGGGAGAAGAUGCGGGGCUCGGGGCCCCGCGCCGCGAGAAGCCAGCGGGCGCCGGGCGGCGGCGGCGGCGACACCUCCAGCCCCUCUGCGUCCCUGGCCGGCUGCUGCUCCACACCUCGCAUGGCUCCCCUCUGGACGUGCCUUCUCCUGUGCGCCGCGCUCCGGACCCUCCUGGCCAGCCCUAGCAACGAAGUGAAUUUGUUGGAUUCACGCACGGUCAUGGGAGACCUAGGAUGGAUUGCUUUUCCCAAAAAUGGCUGGGAAGAGAUUGGUGAAGUGGAUGAAAACUAUGCCCCUAUCCACACAUACCAAGUAUGCAAAGUUAUGGAACAGAAUCAGAACAACUGGCUUUUGACCAGUUGGAUCUCCAAUGAAGGUGCUUCCAGAAUCUUCAUAGAGCUCAAGUUCACCUUGCGGGACUGCAACAGCCUUCCUGGAGGACUGGGAACCUGCAAAGAAACUUUCAACAUGUACUACUUUGAGUCUGAUGAUGAAAACGGGAGAAGCAUCAAGGAAAACCAGUACAUCAAAAUCGAUACCAUUGCUGCUGACGAGAGCUUUACGGAACUGGACCUCGGUGACCGUGUCAUGAAGCUGAAUACAGAGGUCAGAGAUGUGGGGCCUCUGACCAGAAAGGGCUUCUAUCUUGCUUUCCAAGACGUUGGCGCCUGCAUCGCUCUGGUUUCUGUGCGUGUGUACUAUAAGAAAUGCCCUUCCGUGGUGCGACACUUGGCUGUCUUCCCCGACACCAUCACUGGAGCAGAUUCUUCACAGUUGCUGGAAGUGUCAGGCUCCUGUGUCAACCAUUCUGUGACAGAUGAGCCUCCCAAAAUGCACUGCAGCGCGGAGGGGGAGUGGCUGGUGCCCAUCGGGAAAUGCAUGUGCAAGGCAGGAUAUGAGGAGAAAAAUGGCACCUGCCAAGUGUGCAGACCUGGGUUCUUCAAAGCCUCACCUCACAGCCAGAGCUGCAGCAAAUGUCCACCUCACAGUUACACCCAUGAGGAAGCAUCCACCUCUUGUGUCUGUGAAAAGGAUUAUUUCAGGAGGGAGUCUGAUCCACCCACAAUGGCAUGCACAACCCCCUCGCCAGUCACCAACGUGAAGAAGGGGAAAAUUGCCAAAAACAGCAUCUCUCUGUCUUGGCAAGAGCCAGAUCGCCCCAAUGGAAUCAUCCUAGAAUAUGAAAUCAAAUAUUUUGAAAAGGACCAAGAGACCAGCUACACAAUUAUCAAAUCUAAAGAGACAACCAUUACCGCAGAGGGCCUGAAACCAGCGUCAGUCUAUGUCUUCCAAAUUCGAGCACGUACAGCAGCAGGCUAUGGGGUCUUCAGUCGAAGAUUCGAGUUUGAAACCAUCCCAGUGUUUGCAGCAUCCAGCGAUCAAAGCCAGAUUCCUAUAAUUGCUGUGUCCGUGACAGUGGGAGUCAUUUUGUUGGCAGUGGUUAUCGGCUUCCUCCUCAGUGGAAGUUGCUGCGAAUGUGGCUGUGGAAGGGCUUCUUCCCUGUGCGCUGUUGCCCAUCCAAGCCUAAUAUGGCGGUGUGGCUACAGCAAAGCAAAGCAAGAUCCGGAAGAGGAAAAGAUGCAUUUUCAUAAUGGGCACAUUAAACUGCCUGGAGUAAGAACUUACAUUGAUCCACAUACCUAUGAGGAUCCCAACCAAGCUGUACAUGAAUUUGCCAAGGAGAUAGAAGCUUCAUGUAUUACCAUCGAAAGAGUUAUUGGAGCAGGUGAAUUUGGUGAAGUGUGUAGUGGACGUCUGAAGCUGCCAGGUAAAAGAGAAUUACCUGUGGCUAUCAAAACCCUGAAGGUGGGCUACACUGAGAAGCAGCGCAGAGAUUUCCUUGGUGAAGCAAGUAUCAUGGGGCAGUUCGAUCAUCCUAACAUCAUCCACUUGGAAGGUGUUGUGACCAAAAGUAAACCCGUGAUGAUUGUGACAGAGUACAUGGAGAAUGGCUCUCUCGAUACAUUUUUAAAGAAGAACGAUGGGCAGUUCACAGUGAUUCAGCUCGUCGGCAUGCUGAGAGGCAUCGCUGCAGGAGUGAAGUACCUGUCUGACAUGGGCUACGUGCACCGAGACCUUGCUGCCAGGAACAUCUUAAUCAACAGCAACCUUGUGUGCAAAGUGUCUGACUUUGGACUUUCCAGGGUACUGGAAGAUGAUCCUGAGGCAGCCUACACCACAAGGGGAGGCAAAAUUCCAAUCCGAUGGACUGCCCCAGAAGCAAUCGCUUUCCGAAAGUUCACCUCCGCCAGUGAUGUCUGGAGCUAUGGAAUUGUAAUGUGGGAAGUUGUGUCUUACGGAGAGAGACCCUACUGGGAGAUGACCAAUCAAGAUGUGAUUAAAGCAGUAGAGGAAGGCUACCGUCUGCCAAGCCCCAUGGACUGCCCUGCUGCUCUCUAUCAACUAAUGCUGGACUGCUGGCAGAAGGACCGAAAUAGUAGGCCCAAGUUUGAUGAAAUAGUCAACAUGCUGGACAAGCUGAUACGCAACCCAAGUAGUCUGAAGACAUUGGUUAAUGCAUCAAGCAGAGUAUCUAAUUUAUUGGCAGAACAUGUCCCACUAGGAUCGGGGGCCUACAGAUCAGUAGGUGAAUGGCUAGAAGCAAUCAAGAUGGGCCGGUAUACAGAGAUUUUCAUGGAAAAUGGAUACAGUUCUAUGGACGCUGUGGCUCAGGUGACCUUGGAGUGAGUAAUUUUUCUGAUAAUUUUUACAUAAUUGCUAGGGCAAAGAAAAAUGUUCAGAAACCAAUCUGGAUGAGGUCAAGGUAUGAAAUCAGUUAAUCUUUGUCCCUGUGUGGCAGCUUUCAAAGAUGCCUCAUCUUUUUUAGCCCGUGUUGUUAACAACUGCAUGGUUAAUGCUUCUGUGCCGGUAUCUUUGCCUCUGUGCUUCAAACAAAUAGCACUUGAGUAUUUGAAAAAUUGGACUCACAGAUCCUUGGCAAGAUACUGGUAUUUUGUGUUGUGGAAAAGAUGUUUUCUUGACAAGUUUUUAUACUGAUAGCUAUGUUUAUGAAUGUAAAUAUGAAACGAAACAAACUGUAAGCACAAUUGGUGUGGCUAAUCCUACCUAACAACCAAACUUUCAUAAAUUUUGGCUCUCUUCAUAUACCACCCAGGCAACUACAGCUUAAAGAAAGUGUUCCUGGCAGGAAUCCCACUUAACCUCUGAAUGGUGCACCUUAUAUUCUUACAAUCUAAGGAUAUAUGCAGUCCUGCCUCUGAUUUGUUAUUUGUUACAAUCUCAGUGGAACCAAUUGUGCCCUUUUCUGUUUGCACGUUUAAGAUAAAGUUUAUCAAAUCUUAUCAAAUGAAAAUCACUAGAGUUAAAUAUUAAAUUCUUUAAGGUUGUACAUUGUUUGUAUUUUAUUAAAUACUCUGUAUGUGUAAUUAUUUUAGCCUAAUUGUUAUUUGUGAAAAUUAACUGUCCUUAUGGUGGUUCCAUCUAGAUCACAUUAACAUUAAUAAGGUUUUAACCUGUGACUAUAACAAUUACUUCGAAUUACCUGCAAAUUGAAAGGUUAACAUAUUGUUGUGAGGAUUAGAAAAUGAUAGGAUAUUCUGAAGCACUAAGCCACAUUCCUUAUUACACUGCUUCACAUAAUACGAAUAUUAAGCAAUCACUCUCACCAUCUCUUUGAUUCUGGCAUUCUUUAAUUCAUUGAGUUCAUUGCUCAUCUCCACAAAAGGUAACAGGGUACCACCAUUUAUCACCCAUUAAAGUCACCCUCUCAGCAUUCUCUUCCUUCAUACCACUAGCUAAGAGGACCUGAAGUCAACCAGCGCUCAGCUUGCAAUCUUAAUUUAUUGAACCCCAUUCUCACUGUCACCACCAAAUCAUAUCUACUUGACUGCAAAUAUGCUUUGCUCAUUAUUUCUUUGGACACUCAAGGAACUCAUUUGUGCUAUAUUUAAAAUAGUGUACUGAAAAUUGACUGAUAAUUUAAAAAUAUUUUUACAUGAUUGCUAUUUAAUUUUUCAGUAAAAAUGGUCAUUUUAAUUUAUUAAAGUCAUUUGUCAUUUUAUAUUAAAAUGAUACUGUAGGUAUUUCUUCUACCCAAUGUCAGUUUACUUGUAAAUAUGCAAUAAAAUUAUUUGCAUUAAACAAAGCCUCUUUUUUAUUCAAAUAGCACAUUCAUUAUAGUCACAUCUUCUACAUUUUAGCUUCUUCAUAGAAUAAUUAUAAAGAAUGUUCUCUGUAUUAAUUAUCUAUUUUACUUAAUCUCUGGGGGGGGCCCAAAAUACCACAAAUAAACUAAAUAUUUUAGCAUUAUGAUUUCACUUUUUCUUAUUCCUUUCAUUCUUUUGUAUUUACUUUACUGUCUGCAUUGCUGUCCCCAAAUUCUCCUCAUUUUCUGUGUUUUCUUUCAAUCAGUAACAGGACAACUUCUUCUGUCUUCUUACAAGAUGUUUCUUCCCAGCUUAUUGCCUUUAGCUGUAUUACAUUCUUGGAAAUAUUUUUGUGUUUUAAUCAUUUUACUUGAAGACAGUAAAGUGACAUAAGCAGCUUUACACAUUUAAGUUCUUCCUGUUCAGAGAAUGUUCAUCCACUUGAGUCAAUUGUUUCAAAAUCCUGGAGCCUAUGAUCAUGAACAUAUUCCUGACUAAGAAUUGAAACAAAAAGCCAUAACUCUGGUGAAGCUAAUGUCUUGCAGAGUUCAACAGUUGUCCACUGUGUUUUUGACUGCAUUUUUUGUAAUUCAUAAAAAAAAAUUACUGAAAUAUGAAAUUAUUCACAAAAUAGGGAUUAAUCAGUUACUUGGUUGUUCAAGAAUUAAAAAAAACUACACUUUUUACUUGUUUUUCCUCCCAAAAAAAGAGAAAAAAGACAACUCUGCUACAGGCUAGUAACAGGGAACUGGGAUUAUCAGCAAAAGACAAAGACAACUCUCAAAACACCCGGUCAAAUUUUUCACUCAACUAUAUAAAUAAUAAUUUAAUGAAGCCUCAUAUAUAAUAGUAUAACAUAAUAUUGUUCCUAGAGUUAUUGCCAUGACAUGGCAGAAAUAUAAUGAAAGAAUGCAUUCAUAGCUGUUACCACUGUGUAGAGAAAGGUAUAAAAAUCAAUCCUUAUAAAGCAGCAGCAGAUAACCAAACUGCCAUAAAUUAACUAAAAAUUUGUUAUAAUUUGGACAUCAAAUUUGUUUCAGUGGUGGGUUUAGAAAUAUAAAAGUAAAAUGUUAGUUUUCUUUAAUCAUAUGCUUUGGUUAAAAAUUUAUUUCAUGGAGGUUUGACUUGUUUAUGAAUUGUUUGCCAGUACAUACCUGUAUGGGUUAAUGGGGAAAGGAAAUGAAGAACUUAGAGAGAUUUUGAAGUCAAAACAUGUUCAAUGAAAAUGCCUCUCAACCUUAUAUGUUUCUGUCUGCUUUGUUCUCCAUGCUGAAAUCUUGCUGCUCUGUGUGUAGAAUUCAUCCUAGAAUGAUGGUUGUGGCAGUAAUGGUACAAAUUGUAUGCUCAUGUAUAUGUGCAGUGAGUUAUUGUCAACAGGGUGAAUUUUGAGCUACAAAUUGAAUCUGACGUUCUCAGUUAAGAACAGAAUAACAGCUGCUUAAAGCAUUAUUGUCAGUACUGUCAACUUUUGAUUAUUCAGAAAAUUAGCAAAAUCCAAUUAAUUUAAAUUUCGUAUAAAUGGAAGAGAUUCCUGUCACUUUCAAUGCAAGGGAAUCUUAAACUACUAAAAUGAAAGUUUUCCAAAUCUAGAGCCAAUAUUUAUUUGACUAACUCAAUUAGAUUUACUAAUUUACCAAUAAAUAUUAUGCAUAAUUUGUUAUUUGCUUAAAGUACACAUAGGAGAAUUUACUGUCCUUUUUUGUUCUACAUAAUUAUUCUAAAAUUCCACAUUUACCCCUCAUAGUAGCUUACCUGUUGUGAAAAAUAUUAAUGAGCUGUUGUUAAAUCUCCUGUUGCCAAAGGCAGAUAUGUUUAUUUGUAUAAUCACUGUAAAAACUGGUAAUAGAAUUUUCCUAAGUUAAUCAAAAUAGGACAAACAUACAACUGCAUGGCAGAAAGAGGACAAAAGCAAUACACACUGAAAGUGAGUGAAUCUUCGUUGAACUUUCUUCUCCCUUCUCCUGUCCAGUUGAUGCUGGGGGGCUUAGUUCCAGUGAUGUGGCUGAAAAGUGUGUAAAGCAGAAGGGAGAAGGAUGAGCAAGGAGCCAUCCACAAUCAGAUGAGUUCAAUCCUGAAUAAUCAAGAGUUGACUCCAACAUCAAACAGACACAGCUUAUUCUCUGUUUUUUAAUUCCUCCAGUUUAGCAUUAUAAUAUGCUGAAACAGUGUUUUUAUUCCCAUAUUUAAUACUGUGGAAUCAUGUUUGAAAAAAUGUUGGAAUGUAAUCCCCCAAAUUGCAACUCUUAUAUUUUUGACUCAUAAAACUAGUCAUGCUUUAUCCACAAAAUUAAACUAUGUUUAUGUGCCAAAUAUAUUUUUGCUAUGUUUCAAGUCAUAAGCCUAUGUUGAAAUGCAGUUUAUCAUUAGAAUUUGCCUUGGGUAUUGCAUAAGAUUACACGUGGUCAUGAUUAAAGUAACAAAAUAUUUAAAAGAGGAAACAUUUAAAACUAAUUACCAAGAAAUUUCCUUCUAUAGAAAGUGGAAAUGAGAAAAAUAGUGUAUCACAUCAUUUCCAGAUUUUUAAAACAGCAUUAUAAAUAAGUCAGCAACUUCAUCAUUAAAUGUUAAAACAUUUUAUUUUAUCAAAUAUCUGAUAUUUUAUUGCCAAUUUGACCAUCUCAGGUAAUAUAAUUCAGGUAAUACAAUGAGAAUUGUUGGAAAUACAAAAGUGGAAGAUAAAAGUAUGUAAAAUACUUUAAUUCAUUGACCAAUAUUGGAUUAAAGUUAUCCUUUACCAUAUAUUUUUCUAAUGCCAUUUUAGCUCUCAAAUGUAAUACCAUUAGAAAAACAGUAAAAUGGAUUGUUUUAAGGCAACUGUUUUACUAUUGAUACUGUUUAAAUUGCAUAGUCUUAUUUCUCCUUUGCUUUUUCUCUGAAAGCCACAUUGUAUAGAGAUAUUUGUAUAUUGCAUGCAUUGUAAACAUGCUAUUUCUAAAUCUCUGCACAUUAAUUGGACAGCUCUUGAAAUAACAGGUCAGAUUUAGAGAAAAACAGCAUUUCAUUACAGACACAUCAUUUAUGGCAGUGUGUAAAAUGCAGUGCUUUGUUUUCAUACCUUCCAUGGGGAGAGGAAGUGAAAAGGAGGGAGAGAGAGCAAAAGAAAAAAGUGGAGCAGAGUAAUUGAUAUUGAUAGAAAAUUGUACAUGAUUAGUUCACUGAGGAAAUUCAAAACAAAUUUAACUUAAUAGCUACAUAUAUGAAAUGUUCUAAGGUAGUAUAAAGGUCAUUUUUACAUAAACACUAAUUCUAUAUCUGCAUUGAUUAACCAAAUACAAUUCCUCAAAACAGUAUUCUUUAGCAUGAUAUAAGCAUCGUGGUAAAUUUGGUCAUUCUUGUGGUUAAAUGAUUUCUAGAGGAUGAAAUAAUAUUUAUAUCUAAUUGCUAUAAAACAAGUUCAGGUAUAGAAAUAAAAAUAAGUCAAACCAGAGACUUGAUAUCAUUUAUAGACCAACAAUCUGUAGUUGGAAUAGGGAUGGGCAUUGUGGCAUAGCAAGUUAAAUCUCAUCUCGGGACACUGUAUCUCACAUUGGAUUGCCUAGUUCCAAUCCAUACUACAUUGUUUUCCAUCCAGUCUUCUGCUGUUGUUCAAACUGGGAAGGCAGUAAGUGAGAGCUUAGAUACUGCCCGGUCAGCCAUAGGGGAGAUCAGGGUGGAGUCCUGGCUUUGGCCUGGCCAAGUCCUGGCUUUGGAGGCAUCUGGGGAGUGAACCAGCAGAUGGAAGAUUUGGUUCUGUCUUUGCCUCUCUCUCUUUCUCUCUUUCUCUCUUUCUCUCUGUCUCUCUGUCUCUGUCUCUCUCAACCCUCUUUCUUCCUCACUGCUUCUUUCUCCCCUCCCUCCCUCCCACUCUCUCUCUGUUCCCUCUUGGCUUUCAAGUAAAUACAUGAAUAUAUAAACUGAAAUAAUGUACUGAUAAAGCAGACUUGGAAUAUGGAAUACAUACACAUACAUACACAUGCUCACACAUUAAAUGGGAUAUUUGUUUUUAUAUGAAAAGUCUGUGUUGUUAGAGAGAGGAAAUCUAUAAACUCUUUAUGCUCAGGUCAUGAAGAAUAAACUAAUACUCAUUCUCAAAUAUCACUCCUAAUACACAUAGCAAUUAUGAAGAGUGAAUAAUUCACUUAGUCUGCGGUUGCUUAGCUGCAUUUCCCAAUCUGGGUUUGUGAGUAUCAACCAUGGGUUUAAAAAUGUUUAUAUCAUACAAAUAUAUUUUAAAACUUCCUUUCUUUUUUAAGUAAAUAAGACUUUAGGGUAGGUCAGAGGGUGGAGGUUGAGCCUGCCCAGACAGAGGGCAGGGGGUUUGAAAUCAGGCUUAUUCUUUUUUCUACAUUUUUCUUAAUUUAUUUAAUCUAAUUUAAUUUUAAUUUUUUAUUUAUAUAGGGUAAAUGCAUUUUAUGUAUUUCAUAUAUACAGAUUUAGGAGCAUAGUAUUUCUAAUCCAAAUUUUCUGCCAGUGAAUUAUUUUCAGGUUCAGAAAUUUAAAAUUUUAGGUUUUCUUUUCCCUCCUGGGUUUGAACCAUGAGCACCCAUGAGUAUUCACGUCUACACAGUUCUACACGACACAUAAGUGGAAAUAUGAGAAUGUUAAAUAGCCCAUAAUGGAAACUGAUAAGUAUAAAUUUGAUUAUCAUAGUGUUUAUCAAAGAAAUACCAAGAGUCUUCUAAAAGCUCAUGGAUAAUACAUGUUAUGAAAACUUUCCAUGGAUUUUAGAACUUUUUGUGCCAAAAUACUUUUAUAUGUUAAUUCCACUUUUUAAAAUAUUUAUAUUUUAUUUAUUUUAGUCUAUUUGGAAGGCAGAGUGGCAGAGAGGCAAAGAAAAGAGAGAGGGACCCUUUUUCUGCUGUUUCACUCCCCAAGUGCCCACAGCAGCCAAGGCUGGGCCAGGCCAAAGCCAGGAGCCCAGAACUGCAUGCAAGUCUCCCACAUGAGUGGCGGUGACCCAUGUACAUGGGCCAUGAUCCCCUGCUUCGCAAAAUGCAUUAGCAGGAAGCUGGAUUGUACACAGAGGUACCCAAACUCGAACAAGCACUCCCUUUUGGGAUGCCGAUGUCACAAGCUGUGCCUUAUUCUGCCCAAUAAUACCCACCUCUAAUUUAUUUUUCCACUGAUUUAUGAGAUUCCCUCAUCUGCAUUUGGUUCUCUUUAUUCAAUAUUCUCUUCAUUUGAUAAACUUGAAUAUUUGAUGUUACAUCUAUAGUUCUCAUUUUUUUUUACAAGAUUUAUUUAUUUGAAAGAGUUAGAGAGAGUGGUAGAGACAAAGAGAGAGAGAGUUCUUCCAUCCACUGGUUCACUCCCCAGAUGGCUGCAAUGACUGGAGCUAUGCUGAUCCAAAGCCAGGAGCCAGGAGCUUCUUCCUGGUCUCCCAUGAGGGUGCAGGAGCCCAAGCACUUGGGCCAUCGUCUACUGCUUUCCCAAGCCACAGCAGAGAGCUGGAUCGGAAGUAGAGCAGCUGGGACUAGAACCAGCGCCCGUAGGGGAUUCCAGCACUAAAGGCCAGGGCUUUAACCUGCUGUGCUGCAGUGCCGGCCCCAAUAUAGUUCUCAUUUUACAAAUGAAUAAAUUGUUACAGUAGUAUGAAGUGCUUGUCUCAAUACCAUAUCUCAGAAAUACAAGAAAUGGACUUUAUUCUCAUGUACCUGUUUUAGUCGUAAUUCUGGUUAUAGUCCUAAAGCAACUACCUGUGGUAUCUAGCCAAGUGAUUUAAACUCUCAAGCCUUUGUUUCCUGAUCAAAAACAGGGAAACUUAAAAACUCUCUCCUGGGAUUAUAUAUUUUAGCAUAGAAGUAGGUGAUACCUGUUAGAUUUACAUUGAAUGAUAUGGUUCACAGCUAGAGGAGACUUGGCCACUCUGGGAACAUUUGGUAGUAUCUGAAGACUUUGUGUUGCAGCCAAGGGCUGGUUGUAGUUCCUUGCUUCUGAUGUCAGUGGCUGAAGGCUUGGGAUACUGCUGAAUGUAGUACAGUACUACAGUGCACAGGACAGCUCCCACAACAAAGAAUUAUCCAGCCCAUGUGUUAACAUGGGCAAGGAAGGAAAUGUGCAUUUUGAUGAAAAGAGACAAGAUUAAAUUCAAGUCUCUUUCAUCCCUUGCUUAGUCUGGAGUUGCCUGUUUUAUACUCAAUUUCUUUACUUUACUUGUGGUGAUUUUGCUUCAAAAUGAAUUUUUACUGAUUUUUAGUUCUGCUGAUGACUGUUUUCCAUACCUUUGUUAUUUUUAUAAUUAACUUUGAUAUCUUACAUAUUCUGAGAAAAAAUGUUUCCAUCAUAAGAAUCAGUAGAUUUUUUUCUUGGGUGGGUACUUGUCAUUUCCUAAAACACUCAUAAGCUAUCAAGAAUCCAAACAGGGAACUAGAAACCUAAGAGAUGAUUUCAACAAGCAGAACUUUCUAAGAUUAAUACUUGCACAGCCUCAGUAUCUUUCCAUUUUUAUUUUCUAAUAAUUAAGAGAUUUCUUUGAUUUACCUGAAACUAUGCAAAUUUACUUGUACUUAUACCAAUAUCCUGAUAUCAAUUCUAUAAAGUCCAAGGUACUCUGAAAUUAAUAUAUUUACUGAUAUGCAAACAUAUUGUACUCCUGGCAGAAUGUUGUAAAGAAUAUGUUGCUCUAAAUAAGUCUAACAUGGCAAACAUCUUUGCUCUUUAGGAUUUAAAGUGGUUCGUGCUCAUUUUCUUUUUCUGUAAUUAAUACUUCUCAUUUGUGAAACUUACCUGAAUUAUUGUAUUUGAAAAUACAUAGUUUUGGCUGGCGCCGCGGCUCACUAGGCUAAUCCUCCACCUUGCGGCGCCAGCACACCGGGUUCUAGUCCCGGUCAGGGCGCCGGAUUCUGUCCC